CUUUCGCGAGCUUCGAGGAUGCAAGGAACACCUAUAUCUUGGAAAUCGAAUCACGUCGCGGCCGUCCAUGAUUACAAGAAGGACGUGCAGCUGAGCAUUCAGCUAAAUCGUUGGUUACUGAAGCCGAUUGGUGUCUGGCCGCAAUCAGCCGAUAUUUCGUGGGUAGAAAAAUUUGUGUACGCCCUGGUGAACAUAAUCUGCACCAGUAUGAUCGGUUUUCUCAUCAUCCCCUGCGUCAUGCACAUCGUACUCGAGAGCGAAGAUAUCUACUAUACGGUGAAGCUCUCCGGAGCGGUGAGCUUUUGCUUGAUGGCUAUCGUCAAGUAUUCCUCGCUCAUUUGCCGCGAGAAUGAUAUCCGCAGAGGCAUCCAGCACAUCGAGACUGACUGGAUAGACACGCAACAUUACAGCGAUAGGAACAUCAUGAUCAGAAACGCAAAAUUCGGUCGUCGCCUUGUGGUGAUUUGCGCGUUCUUCAUGUACGGCGGUGCUGUGUUCUAUUACCUCGCCAUGCCGUUUAGCAUGGGUAAGAUCGCGGAACCCGACACAAACUUGACGUAUCGGCCGCUCGUGUAUCCGGUCGCUAAAGUUGUGGUUGAUGCACGAUAUAGCCCCGUCAGCGAGAUCUUCUUCUGGUUGCAAUGUAUGUCAGGUUUCAUCGCGCAUUCUAUCACGACCGGUGCUUGCAGUUUGGCGGCAGUGUUCGCCAUACAUGCUUAUGGACGUCUAGAGAUUCUGAUGAAAUGGAUUGAACAUUUGGUGGAUGGUCGGGAAGAUUUUUGCGGCAACAUGGACGACAGACUGGCGAUGAUUGUGCAGCAGCACGUUCGGGUCUUGCGUUUUAUAUCGCUAACGGACAGGUUACUACGCGAAAUAUCUGUCGUGGAAAUUGUAGGAUGUACGUUAAACAUGUGUUUGCUCGGAUAUUGUGUUAUCAUGGAAUGGAAAAAUAAAGAGAUUGCCGCUUACGUAACAUACGUUAUUCUGCUCAUAUCUCUCACAUUUAACAUCUUCAUAUUUUGUUAUAUUGGCGAACUUAUUGCCGAACAGUGCAAAAAGAUCGGCGAGGUGUCGUACAUGAUCGAUUGGCAUCGACUAUCGGGAAAGAAGGGUCUCGCUCUCGUACUAAUAAUCACAAUGUCCAAUUCGUCAGUCAAACUUACCGCCGGAAAUCUCUUUGAGUUGUCUCUCAGUACUUUUGGUGACGUAAGUAUCGCAAUGAGGAUUAUUAAGUGUGUUAACAACCGAAUGAUUUACGUAUCAUCCUUCCAACCAAUAGUACCUGACGAGCUUUCGCGAGCUUCGAGGAUACAGAGAACUAUGUUUCGGAAAUCGAAUUCCGUCACGGCCGUCAAUGAUUUCAAGGAAGACGUGCAGCUGAGCAUUCAGCUAAAUCGUUGGAUACUGAAACCGAUUGGCGCCUGGCCGGGACCAGCCGAGAUUUCGUGGGCAGAAAAAUCUGUGUACACGCUGGUGAACAUAAUCUGCACCGGUAUGAUCGGCUUCCUCUUCUUCCCCUGCGCCAUAUACGUCGUACGCGAGGUCGAUGACUCGUACAAUAUGUUGAAGUUUUCCGGACCGUUGAACUUCUGCCUGAUGGCUGUCAUUAAAUACACCUCGCUCAUUUGCCGUGAGGGCGAUAUCCGCAAGGGUAUUCAGCAUAUAGAGGAUGAUUGGAUGGACACACGAUAUUACAGCGAUAGAGACAUUAUGAUCAAAAACGCAAAAUUCGGCCGUCGUCUCGUGACGAUUUGCGCGUUUUUUAUGUACUCCGGUGCUGUGUUUUAUUAUCUCGCCAUGCCGUUUAGCAACGGUAAAAUAACAGAACUCGACGGAAACCUAACGUAUCGGCCGCUUGUGUACCCGGUCGCCCGAAAUGUCAUCGACGCACGAUACAGUCCAGUCAGUGAAAUCUUCUUCUGGUUGCAAUGUGUAUCAGGCUUUAUCGUCCAUUCCAUCACAACCGGUGCUUGCAGUUUGGCAGCGGUGUUCGCUAUGCACGCUCAUGGACGUCUGGAGAUUCUGAUGAAAUGGAUUGAGCAUUUGGUAGACGGUCGGGAAGAUUUUUACGAUAGCGUGGAUGAGAGACUAGCGAUGAUUGUGGAACAGCACGUUCGGGUCUUACGUUUCGUAUCGCUAACGGACAGAGUACUGCGCGAAAUAUCUGUCGUGGAAAUUGUAGGAUGUACGUUAAGCAUGUGUGUUCUCGGAUUUUAUGUUAUCAGGGAAUGGGAAAAUAAAGAGAUUGCCGCUUAUGUAACAUACAUUAUUCUGCUCACAUCUCUCACGUUCAAUAUUUUCAUAUUUUGUUACAUUGGCGAACUUAUUGCCAAACAGUGCAAAAAGAUCGGCGAAGUGUCGUACAUGAUCGAUUGGCAUCGACUAUCGGGAAAGAAGGGUCUCGCUCUCAUAUUGAUAAUCACAAUGUCCAAUUCGUCCGUCAAACUUACCGCUGGAAAUCUGUUCGAGUUGUCUCUCAGUACUUUUGGUGAUGUGGUUAAGACAUCUGUCGGCUACUUGAACAUGUUACGCACAUUAACUUCGUAAAGUAUCUUCGUAAUGUGCAAAUUAUAGCAUAGAUCAAUACAUUAAUUAAUUACUAAUAAAUAUCAAUUAGUUAGUUGCCCUUAUGUCGAGUGAAAGUUAGAAAAAGGUGAGAUUUGAUGGAGGUAGUAGAAAUUUAAUAAAUAGAAAACUUGAAUGUUUAUAUAAAGUGAAAUCCGACGCGCAUUUAUCGUAACGUAUAAAACAUUUUCAAACGCCUCGCAUUUUAUCGCGCGAUACGAAAUUAAAUGAUGCGAAUUUAGAAACAACUCGCUUUUUCACUUGAACGAAAUAAAGUGUUCUGACUGACGGUCAAAACUGUUUUCUUCUCAUGUAACACGUAAACAACAAUAUUAAGAUUACGCAAUAACCAUAGAUUAAUAUUCCCAGCAAUAUUCUCCCUUACGUGCGUC